GGCGGAGAAACAAUGGAGAGGCGCUUCCUCUGAGCGCUCCGCGAGGAGGACGCUCGCUUCUCCCAUGCAAAGCGGGGCAAAGUCCGCGCCGCCCCUGCCGCCGACGCCUCGUUCCCUGCUCUCCCUUCCCUGGCUUGCUCCCGGGAGAUGAGUGGUGGCGACAACGCCUGAUCCGGGAGAGAGAGAGAGAGGAAAGCGAAGGGGAAGGCAAGAUUGAGAGGAGCCUGGGAAUGGAGCGAGGGUCCUGCUGGCGGCCGGCGGGGAGGCGCGGCGGCGACAGGAGAUAAUGCCGCCUCCUGCCUGGGCUGCCGCCGGGGCCGUGCCGCUUGCACGCUGCCGUUGAAGGCUGGCAGCAGACAAAGGGCGGGCGGGCAGGAGAGGACCCGGCCGCCUUGGCUUGGCCCGACGGCGGAGGAUGGCAGGCUGCUGCGGCUUGCUGCUGCUGCUGGUGCCCUCGGAGUGAGGUUGUUCCUGGCAACGCCGGCAGAGGAUCGCUGAAGCUGGAGGAGGAGGAGGAAGGAGAAGGCAGCUGGCCAAGGCGACCAUGGGGAAAUGCAACGGGCGCUGCACGCUGGUCGGCUUCUGCUGCCUGCAACUGGUAGCAGCCUUGGAGAGGCAGAUUUUUGACUUCCUGGGUUAUCAGUGGGUGCCUAUCCUGGCUAAUUUUUUACACAUUAUGGUGGUCAUCCUAGGCAUCUUUGGCACCAUUCAGUACAGAUCCAAAUACCUCAUACUGUAUGCAGUGUGGCUUGUGCUGUGGGUUGGAUGGAAUGCAUUCAUCAUCUGUUUUUACCUGGAAGUAGGACACCUUUCACAGGACCGAGACUUCAUCAUGACCUUUAAUACAUCACUGCAUCGUUCAUGGUGGAUGGAAAAUGGUCCUGGUUGCCUGGUGACCCCAGUGAUGAACUCCAAACUGGCCCUCGAGGACCAUCACGUCAUCACAGUCACUGGGUGCUUGCUUGAUUAUCAGUAUAUUGAGGUGGUGAGCAGCGCAAUGCAGAUAUUCCUUGCGCUCUUCGGAUUUGUCUAUGCCUGCUAUGUCAGCAAAGUGUUCAUGGAGGAAGAAGACAGCUUUGAUUUCAUUGGAGGAUUUGAUUCAUAUGGUUACCAGGCACCACAGAAGAUGUCACAUUUGCAGCUACAGCCUUUGUAUACCUCUGGAUAACAGUUGCAUCACCUGCAAUGAACUGGCCUUUGGGACCUGUGCAAAAAUGCAAGGAAGCAGGGAUGCUGGAUACAACGGACUGUUCCAAAGGCGAAUGGCAGACAUCACUGCUGGAGAUUUUGCGUGGCUCAAGCACUUCCCAGAGACCACACAUCUCUUUUCAUUUCUUUUCUUCGCACACCUGGGUAGCCACAAGAGGGCCACGCGCAUUCUCUGAAACACCCGCCAAAGGUGUUUCUCCUAUAGGCGCGCUCACAGCCCAAACGGUUCUGCUGGGACUGAGGAAUGGAAAAGAAGCUCAGCGCUCCCCCUGCUGGCCAGCGUUUGUUUGUGCUGCUGGUAACUCCAGCGCGAAUGAAGAACCUCAAGCUUAGGGCAAUAUGAUUUUCAGAGAGGGUAAGGAAAAGCCCUUUCUAAAGAAGAUCUCUCUUUUUUUGGUGGGGGUGGGGGUGGUUGUUUUUUUAAAAGACUUAUUCUCGAUCCAUUCCUAUGGUCUCAUUUGCUUCUGAGCAAAUGGCUUGGUGGUGUGGUGCAGCUGCAAGAUAAUCCGUCCAUCGCAAUAAAGUGGGAAGCGUGGGGAAUCUCCAAUGGGAGCGUUCACCAGAGUCUGAAAUCUGUCAUCCCCCCUCUUCAGUCAGUUUCACACACACCCCCAACCAGUUCGACAAUUUAAGUGAGCGUCAAUUUAACAUGCACAUGAUUCUGGCAAGCACAUAGGUUUCUUUUCGUACCGGGCAUGGUGUCUUUUCUUCUCCAACCAGCCUCGAGGCAAGAUCUUAUGGGUCUUGAUGCUUCCUAUAGGAUGUUGAGAGCAGUUUUGAAUCUCUUCAAGGGACCAUUGAAGGCAUUCCCAUACUUCUCUUAACCAUGGAUGCCUCCUGUGUUGCCUCUAUUUCUCUGGCUAAGGAAAUAAAAUACAGCAAGGGUGUUACCUGACCGGCAGGAACUCCUGAUAUAGCUUUUUUUAUUUCCCCCAAAAAAGCAAUCACAGGGGGAUUCAAUUUGCCUCAAGGCAGGGGUUCUCAUUUGUGGGUCCCUAGCAGUGUUCCCUGUGAGAGGGAUUCCCAGAUAUUGUUGACUGCAACUUCCAUUAUCCCCAGCUAAAGGCCAAUGCAGCUGGGGAUCAUGGGAGCUGUAGUCAACAAUAUGAUCUGAUCAUCAAUAAUCCACCAUAUCUGGGAAUCCCUCGUACAGGGAACACUGGUCCCUCUUGUGUUCCCUGUAAGAGGGAUUCCCAGAUGUUGCUGAUUACAACUCCCAUCCUACCCAGCUGCAGUGGCCUUUGGCUGUGGAUUAUGGGAGUUGUAGUCAACAAUAUCUGAGAAUCCCUCUUACAGGGAAUCCCUCUUACAGAGAAUCUCUCUUACUGGUCCCUAGAUGUCGUUGGACAGCUUCCACCAUCCCCAGCCACAAUGGUCUUUGGUCACGCUGGCUGAGGCGGUGAUGGGAAUCAAAGUUGUGCAGCCCUCCCAUAGAGAGAGAGAGAGACACAUACACCCCGGCUUCUGCCGAUAUCCUUUGAAGAGUUCCGUAGACCGUCCGGAAGAAGAGUGCAUGUUUCUGGUUGGGCUGUGAUCUGGCUCUAUGCAGUGCAACAAAGCUGCAAAAGCCCUGUACGGAACGCUGCAGACUUUGGUCUCUGGUCAUUGUGGCUGGGGACACAAAUAGGACGGAUAUUUAUAUACUGCUUCUCAAAAGCAGUCUAUACUGAAAUAAAAAUGGCUCCUUAUCCCCAAAGGGCUCACAAUCUAAAAAAGGAAACAUAAGAAAGACACCCGCAACAGCCACUGGAGGGAUGUUGUGCUGGGGAUGGAUAGGGUCGGUUCCUCUCCCCCUGCUCAAUAAAGAGAAUCGCCACUUUUAAAAGGUGCCUCUUUGCUCGGUUGGCAGGGGAUGAUGGGAGUUGUAGUCCAACAUCUAGGGACCCAAGUUUGAGAACCCCCGCAUCAAGCAUACAUUUACAGUUGCAUGUCCAUAUUUACAGAAACUUUCUCACCAUGAGGCCUCCGUAAUUCUUCUGUAUUCACUCGUUCUUAUAAGGCUGUGUACAAAUAUCACGUUGUAAGAGCAAUCACUGUGCUUUUUUUAACCCUUUGGGGUGAACCCAGCCUCCUCCUAUAUGCAAAGGUGGAGAGAUAUGUCCCAGCAAUUCCACCAUGGAUUGAGUCAUAAUUUACCCCUCCUUCCAUACUUCAAAUAGGCUGCCUUUCUUUUUAUGUUUUAAAGUGCCCUGUGUACAUUUAUUCAAUUAAAUGUCCACUCAUUGCCUUUAACACACACACACACACAAUUUUUUUAAAGUUGUGUAACUUCGAGGAUGAAGUGGGUGGGUCAUGAUGUCCCAGGGUGCAGCCAAUCAGUGCUGUGCUUUGCUGGGAUCUGCAAACAGGCAGAACUGGCUUUUCCUGAGCUCAGCCCUGAAGAGGAAAGCGUCCACUAGACCAGAGUACAGUGAGUGCGCUUGCAGCUGCAAAGAACAGCUUCACUGCUCAAAUAAUGGGUCAUCUGAUUAUAGCCGACAUCGGUGCUCCUGUGGCUAAAGGAAGGUACAGCCUGUGAACUUCCAUCACUGAAAUGUUUCAGUGAGCGAACAAUCUGUGAAGUCAUUGAUCAGACACUGUGAACAGUCUGCCUUUUGGUUAGAACCUAAAACGAAAGGUCCCGGAGCAUGGGAGUCAGUAGCCGCUCAAGCUCCUGGGGCACUUGAGCUGGGGGACCCAGAUGCCACCUCCUCCCAUGGAACAAAGAGCACUGACCAAGGUUUUCUCCACCCCGCCAGUUUUCCCCCCAUGCACAGUUCCCCCCUCCCACUCCAACGGUGCUCUUCUCUCUCCGUCCACCCCACUGUCAAAGCAGUUUACAUUGAAAAAUAAAUAAUGCAUAAAUAAGAUGGCUCCCCUGUCCCCAAAGGGCUCGCAAUCUACAAAGAAACCUAAAUUCGACACCAGCAACAGCCACUGGAGGGAUGCUGUGCUGGGGACGGAUAGGGCCAGUUGCUCUCCCCCUGCUAAAUAUAAGAGGAUCGCCACUUUAAAAAGGGGUCUCUUUGCACAGUUUGGCUCACCUUUAAAAGGUGUCUCUUUCCUCAGCUGGAGGUGACAGGUGCUGGAUUUCUUUCCCCCUGCAGCCAUAGAGCAGGGCUGCACAACUUCAGCCCUCCUGCAGACAUUGGACCACAACCCCCAUCAUCCCCGACUACUGGCCUUGUGGCUGGGGAUGAUGGGAGUUGUAGUCUAAAACCAGCUGGAUGGCUGGAUUUGUAUAGCCAUGCCACCGAGAAAGUAACAUCAUACAGUUGCUGGGCAGUGUUCCCUGUAAGAGGGAUUCCCAGAUGUUGACUACAAUUUCCAUCAUUCCCAGCUGCAGUGGCCUUUGCCUAUGGAUUAUGGGAGUUGUAGUCCACAAUUUCUGGGAAUCCCUGUUACAGGGGACACUGUAGCUGAGUCUCCUGUAUCCUUUGGCGCUCUGUGGCCUGUCUGGAAGAAGAGUGCUUGUUUCGGGUUGGGUUGUGAUUUGGCAUGACAAAGCUGCAUGGAAUGACCUAUACUGAGCUCUGCUAAUCGACAGGCUUGCAGAAACUGUAUUGGUGGUGGUACAGUCUGAAAGCCUGAUUGUCACACUGCCCCAUCCUACCCAUGCUGGGUGGCACGUUCUUGGACUUUGUGAUACCUUCUCCCUCCAACUGAGUACUUUAGUUCGAAAGGCGUGCUAAAUUUAAUGCUCAACGUGCUGUGAGGAAAACAGCGAUUGCAGAAAAGCCCUGCCUUAUUCACAGGCUGAAACGAAUACCCACAUCCUUCUGAGGGAUGUGGUUAAUUCAUACGCAGGAGAUCCUCAGACCUACAACACACCUGGUUCCUGAGAACUAUGUCUUAAGUCAAAGAACGUUAAUGCGGGACCUAUAGCAGGGGGUCCCCAAGCUAUGGCACUGCAAGUGUUGCUGAACUACACAUCCCAUCGCCCCAGCGAUGUACUGUGGCUAGGGAUGAUGGGUGUUGUAGGUCAUCAACAUCUGCAGUACCAAAGGUUGGGGACCCCUGACCUAUAGGAAACAAUGCUACAAAUGGGUGUUUGGUUCCUGAACCAUGGCUGGAUAACCGAUUCCCCCCGCCACACACACACACUGCUACUGUGAAAGCUGUUGGUGCCUCAGUCACAUAUGUGCAGACUUGCAGCAAAGAAGUUGAUGGUGGAGAAUCAGAAGUUGCUCACCCCUGCCAUCCACUCCCAUUCCAAUCCCUUCCUGGCUCAUUCUCUUUCCCAUGGAAGGGAGACCACUGGGUAGUUGUACUCCCCCUCCUCCUCAGCACUGUUCCCUCUAACAGGGAUUCCCAGAUGUUGUUGACUACAACUCCCAUAAUCCCCAAGCAAAAGCCACUGCAGCUAGGGAUUCUGGGAGUUGUAGUCAACCACAUCUGGGAAUCCCUCUUAGAGGGAACAGUGUUCCUCAGCAAUAAUUAGGGAAGGAAGGAGGGUAGUCAGGAAGUGGUAUGUGGGCUGUGAAUGGAACAGCUGAUCUCCUCUUCACCAUCACAGCACAGCAGUUGAACCUGGAAGAGGAGGAAAAGCAGAAGCAGCAGUGGGGAGGAUCAUCUUGGUUGGACCAGUCUGCCAGUCCCUCCACAGGAAGCUGCAGAGUCAGACCAUUGCUCCAUCUCGCUCAGUAUUAGCUACACAGACUGGCAGCGGCUUCUCCAAGGUUACAGGCAGGGGUCUCAGGCCAAUCUGGAGAAGCUAGGGAGGGAACUCGGAACCUUCUGCAUGGAAGCAGGCAGAUGCUCUUCCCAGAGCGGCCCCAUCCCUUCUCUUAACAGGGCUCACACAUGUACAGGGAUCUCCCAUUCAAAUGCAAACCAUUGUGGACUCUGCUUAGCAAAGGGGGCAAUUCAUGCUUGCUGCCCCAAGACCAGCUCUCCUCCCAUUCAUCCACCCCCUUUAGUCCACACACCUGCAGCCAUCUAGCACAGCUUCCCUCUCAUGGCAAGUGUCGUAAAAUGAAACACAGUUGUAAAGUUGAAACAAGGUGGCAGUUUGCAAACACGUUAAGUGCUGUUUGUCGUAACCUGGACUGUCUUUAAGUGGAGGACUUCCUGUAUGGACAUCAGAUAGGAUUCUAAUGAUCUUGUUCAUGUGGUCCUUAUUUUGUUUAAGCAUAUGCUUCCAGUCCUUAACUUGAUAACUGCCUAGAAUAGGGCUAUUUGCUCCUUGGUCCACACUAGCAAAAAUCAUGAACGCUACUCCCCACUGGCCCCAUGAGGAGAACACGUGUAAACAGAGGCUGCAGUCCUCUGCACAAAUACAGAUGUGAAUCAGUUGGCAGAGGCUAAGAAACAGGCGUUUAGAAGUGUAUCAUAACUCUCAUAGAUGUGCAACCCACUCCUACGAUGCACGUUUUCUCUGCAGUGAGUCCCGUUGAUUCCAACGGAACUUACUCCAGGUUAGUGGGCCUAAGGUUGCAGCCCUAGUGAUUUAUAUGGAAGUUUGGUUUUAGUCCCAGUUUGAAAACAAAUUAAAGCAUGAGUGAAAAAAAAUCAAAAUCCAGUGUUAACGAUAUUUUUUUAACAAAUAAGAAGAAUGCGUUCCAUCCUCUGUGGUGAAAAAGUGUGUACGUGCAUGUGUAUUUAUUGAAGGAUUGUUUCCGAAUUGUCAUCAUUCAUGAUUUGGCAGAAAGUAAAUCCAUUAUUCCCUUGCACACAGACCACCUUUCCUUUAUUAAUUAUUAAUUAUUAUUAUUAUUACUAUUAUUCACAGAUUUAGGCACUGGUGCUUGGAAAUCUUUUUUCGCUCGGUUUGGGUUUUUUAAAUAUACAAUCAUAUUUGUAAUGUCAAGAUCCUCCCCCCCUGCCCCACCCCCCGUUCUGAUUGUAACUCUGAAAGUCAAAUAUGUUGAAUCUAAUAAUGGCUGUUUGGAUUUUUGUGUACUUUCUGAUUUUGUGCAGUUCAGCUGAUUAAAAUGGGUGGUGUUUUUGCAA